AUGGCGUCUGGUAACGUUAGUACUAGAGAUAAAUUAUUAUCUUUAAUUGAUGACAUGGAACUCAUAGCCAAGGAAUUAAUUGAAAACACGAUUACGUUAAGGCAUCAAAAAAUGUCAAGUGCUGAACAUUUUCAGCUAACAGAAUUACUCGUUAUGAAAGAUAAAGAAAUAAAAGAAACAUUAGCAUUAGGAAGGAGGCAAGCAUUAGUCGAGAAAAAAAUGGAAACGUUAAAAGCAGAAGUUGAAAGGCAUGAUCAAGAAAUAAGAAAUUUACAAAGACAGUUAAAAGAAGGAGAACAAAUAUUAGCGACAGCCAUUUUUCAAGCAAAGCAAAAACUAGCAUCGAUAGCAAAAGCAAACAAAAGACCUGUUUUAUCAGAAGAAUUAAUUAAAUUUGCUCACAGAAUCAGCGCUUCAAAUGCUGUGUGUGCACCUUUGACAUGGCAGCAAGGAGAUCCCAGGAGGCCUUAUCCGACAGAUAUCGAAAUGAGAUUAGGUUUUCUCGGUAGACUGAGUGAUUUACCAUUAAAUGGUCAUUUGUUACAACAACAAAAUUUAUCAGAUUUUCAUAGAACUGGUCAUUCAGCUGGUGGAGAACCACCUGCUUCGCAAUCGAAUCAAUUCGCUUGGCAUCCUUCUGGUGAAAUACACAUGAGUGUCGGAAAUCAGGGUAGCGUAGCAAUGGAUACAAGAAAUCAUAAAGAAGCAGAAGAUGUUGAAGUCAUGUCGACAGAUUCUAGCAGUAGUUCUUCAAGUGAUUCUCAGUGA